AUGGGAGACACUCCGCUGGCGUCGUUGUCUCUGACUCAUGUUCACUAUAACCCCGAGGACCGACUGUCCUUUGCCUCAGCAUGGCUAGCCCUGAUCCCACAGGCACUAUGUGUUUCCUAUGCAACCUUGAUUUGGUCAACAAGAGAGGUGGAAGUCAUCCUGAUGUUUGCAGGACAAAUGGGCUGUGAAGCCUUGAACUUUGUCCUCAAACGUUUGAUCAAGGAAGAGCGACCGAAAGAAAUGUUCGGCAAGGGAUAUGGAAUGCCAUCUUCACACGCCCAAUUCAUGACCUUCUUCUCCGUCUACCUCACCUUUUUCCUUCUCUUCCGUCACAGCCAAGCUUCCGCCAGCUCCUACCCUAAUGUCGCCGUCCUCUUACGAGUCCUAGUCAUGCUGGCCCUUUGUAUUGGAGCUGCUGGUGUCGCUGCCAGUCGAGUCUACCUCAACUACCACACCCCGAAACAAGUCCUUGCCGGCUGUGCCGCUGGAUUCGUAUGCGCUUGUGGCUGGUUCAUGAUCACCAGCCUGCUUCGAAGCUCUGGUUUGAUUGAAUGGGCCAUGGAGACUACUGUGUCCCGGUUGAUCAGAAUCCGGGAUCUCGUCCUAAGUGAAGACCUGGCUGAGGCUGGCUGGCAACGUUGGGAGGCUCAGAGAUUGAAGCGUCGCGGCCUUAGUGAGAAGAAGUCGGAGUAA